AAUGGCUGAAUUACAAGAUCAAUAUAAAGCUUUGGAAGAAGACGAUGAAUUCGAGGAUUUUCCGGUGGACAACUGGGAUGAUGAACAGACCAUCUCCAAGGACCAGCAGAACCAGUUGUGGAACGAAGACUGGGACGAUGACGACAACCACGACGACUUUUCCCAAAAAUUAAAGUAUGUAACGAACAAGAACCUAGCAAAUCCAUGGUACUAACAUUCAACAGGGCUGAAUUACAAAAAGCUGAGAAGCCAGCUAAAUAAGUGCAAGUUGUGUACUGGCUGUGUACU